AAAAAAUGUAUUUCAAGUUUUCAGAUUUAAGAAUGGACGAUUGGGGGGCAGAUGAAGAUGACGAUAUUUUGGCUGGCGCCGCUGCUGAAAUGGACGAGAAAAAAUCGGCCGACGAUGACAGCAUGCUUUUUGAUGAUGAUGACGAUGAGCUGCUAGCAAGCUUUGUUCAAGAGGACGAAGACACUGCUCCGAUUGAACUGAAAGAGAAAGCUGAUAAAGAUGAUUUCGAGGAGCUAAACCUAACUCCGCCAACCCCGGAGCAAACCAGUUUUCUAGCUUCAAACUUUGGACAUUCAAGGUUUAAGCCCCUGCAAUGGCGUAUCAUCAAGUCUGUGACAGAGGAGAGGAGGGAUCAGUGCGUGGUGAUGCCGACAGGCUACGGGAAAUCUCUCUGCUAUCAGUUCCAGCCUGUCUACCAGGACAAGGUGUGCCUGGUGAUCUCCCCCCUGAUCUCCCUGAUGGAGGACCAGGUGCUGGGUCUUAAGUCUGCUGGGAUAUCUGCAGAGUUUCUUGGAUCUGCUCAAACUAACUGUGCCAAGGUUCUUCAGAUGCUGGAGGACAGAGAACUGAGUUUACUCUACCUAACCCCUGAGUAUAUAUGUGCUAAUAGUGAGUUAUUAAAACUUCGCAUUAAAGAUCUGAAGACUGUAUCUGCUGUAGCUAUAGAUGAAGCACAUUGUGUGUCACAGUGGGGCCAUGAUUUCAGACCAAGCUAUCGAGAUCUCAGUAAGAUCAAAUUAAAUUUCCCUGGCGUUCCCAUAAUUGCUCUCACCGCUACAGCUACUCCACAAGUUCAGAAGGAUAUAUGUCAGGUUUUAAAGAUGACGAAUCCUCAGAUUACAAGAACAUCGUUCAACAGGGCAAAUCUUUACCUGGAGGUUCGACCGAAGACCGGAGCUUGGUACGAUGUAUCCCAGAUGCUUGAACCACCGAUGAACCCUGGAGAUGAGAGGAGGUUCCCAGGUCCAACCAUCAUUUACUGUCCGAGACGGAAGGAUGUUGAACUGGUUGCUCGGGAACUAGAGGCACAUGGUAUAAAAUGCGGGAUGUAUCAUGCUGGGUUGUCACAGGCUGCUAGGAAGGAAACUCACAAGGCCUUCGUGUACGACGAUAUUCAAGUCGUGGUUGCUACAAUUGCCUUCGGUAUGGGUAUAGAUAAACCAGAUGUUCGUUGUGUCAUUCAUUGGGGAGCUCCUCGAGAUAUGGAAUCUUAUUAUCAGGAGAUUGGUAGAGCUGGGAGAGAUGGAUUGAAUUCAUCUUGUAGAAUAUAUUUUGCCCCUGCAGACUUCAGCACCCAUCGUCAUUUUCUUGUGGAGAACUCCGACUCUGCCUGGAGAGAGCACAGAGCGGAGAUGAUUCAUCAGAUGGAGCUGUUCCUAGGGUAUACGGAGAAGUGUCGUAGGGUUCAACUCCUCUCACAUUUUGAACCAGGAAGUACUGGGACAAGUUUGGGACUAGUAAGAGCUCGAAACUGCUGUGAUAACUGUACUCGUCAUCUACUUAAGGGAGGUAAACUUGGCAUAAGCGCGGACACUCCGACAUCGGAGGAUACGGAGCAAGACUUCGGCGAGGAUGCCAGACUCCUUCUCAAUGCCCUGGAGAUUGUUGGAAAUCAGAGAGGACUGGGAACUAGUGUCAAGGUAGUUCGCGGCAUGAAGGAUAAGAAUAUUUGGGACAGAUGGCAGCAGGAUAAAGUAUUUGGAGCAGGGAAAGGAAAAUCUGUGAAAUAUUGGACAGCACUGGGUCGGACCCUCAUCUCCUCCGGGCAUAUAAAGGAGAUGAAACAUCACAUGGGUGAUCAGGGAGGGAAGCGAGGGUUUGCCUAUAUGGGUUGUUCCAUCAGUAAGACAGGAAACAAGUUGUUGAACUCUACAGAUCCCUUAAUGCUCAAGGUAGUAGGAGACUUGUUGGAGACCAAGAUUAAACCCAAGGCUACCGUGAUAACUCCUAGGUUUGGUAUGGACCGAACUCCGGAGGAUUCUCUGCGGAUUGAUCUGUACAACAUGUUAGUAUCUGAGCGACACAAGCUUGCAGUUCUACACUCUAUCCCGCCAUAUAUGGUUAUCACAGAGCAAGCAAUGCUUCAGCUUGCUGAAACCAGACCUUCUAGUCUAGCAAACCUGAAACGGGUUCAAGGUUUCUCCGAGGCUAAGGUGGCUAGGUACGGAGAUAAUUUUCUCAAAGUAAUCUCAAAGUUUGCUUCCCAGCAUGUUAAUCUCAAGCGGGACGAAUUUCCGGAGGAGCUGAGCACGGAUGAGACUCUUCAGAGAUCUGGUCUCUCUCAAACCAUCCUCACAACCUACUUGAUGUUCGUGGAGAAGAAGAAUAUUGAUCAAGUUGCUGCAGCCAGAGGAUUUAAGGUGUCCACCCUGUCCGGUCAUCUGGCUGACUGUAUUGAGGCAGGGCUAGAGCUAGAUAUAGAACUACUUGGAGUCUCAAGGAAGAUGUUCUCCUUAGUUUCACAAGUUAUUUUCAACCCUCCCAUCAGCUCAGAUGUAUCCAGAAUGAGCCCUAUAAAGACUGAACUGGAGAAUCAAGAUCUCGGACAUGUAGAUUACGGUCAUAUUCGACUUAUUGUUGCCCGUCUCAAGGCGGCGCAUGGAGCAACCCCAGAGGGAGUUCUGCAAUGGAGCGAAGAUGAAUACAAAACAUACCAGACUCCUGAUACCAGAAUACAAGGGGGCUCUGAUACCAGAGUACAGGGGGGCUCUGAUUCAGAGAGUGCUUCACUACAUUCCAUUUCCUCAAGUAGUUCAAACAUGGUUCAUCCGUCUUCCAGUAGAGAUCAGAUCUCUCACAUUCCUGCUCCUCAACCCUGCCCGGAGAACUCAACAGGUUCUGCAGAGAAACUCAAGAAGUUUGCAUUCAAACCCAGAUCUCCGAUUCUACUAGACCGAUCCAACACAACGCUGACGGAACCUGUAGUUGAUCCGUUGAGUACUAACGAACCGGCCUAUAGCGUGGUUCAACAGUCUAAAAGUACUGGAGCUAAAACACGUCGUCUUCCUGAUUGGAUGCAAGACAACAAAUUAAAAACAGAACACAUGCGGAAGAAAAUGAAAACUAAUUCUCUUUUUAAAUAAUUUUCUUGAGUCUUUUCUAAUGUCCAUAGUUAUUGCCAAGCAUAUUUAACAUGUUCCUGGUGACGCCCAAGGAGUAUUUUUUAUGAAAAUUUGAUUACUCAAAAUUAGUUAUUUUAACUUGUCAAACACAACAUUACUAUGAGUUUACAAUUGCCAUACGGUACUUAACAUUUUGAUUCUAUGUAAAUUUAUACUAGUGCGCAUUAUUCAUAAGUUUUCAGAA